AUGCUGCUUCCAGAGACAGACCAUGCCGUCUUUAAGCGUUGGCUGCUACCGAAGCUUGAGACCAUCUCGGAUGCCGAGGCAGGUGUUCUUGCAGACUAUGUAGUCGCAUUGGUUGCGACCGACGACACGGAAGCCAAUAUCCAGCGCAGCUGCAUUGAAUCACUCGAGGAUUUUCUUGGAGGAGAGAAUACAGCAGCGUUUGUAAAAGAUGUGAUCGCAGCACUCAAAGAAAAGGCCUAUCUACCGAAACCGACAGCAAAUGCGCCUAUCAAGUCCAUUGUUGGGAGCGCAAACUUCGAAUACGAGCCUCACCCAUCCAACGUACCCUCGGAUACACCCAGAGGUCCGGCUGCGACUAGAAACCAGACCGGGCAUCGCCUCCCCGACCGCCCGACCGCACAAGGAAUACAGGAUGGGUCAAACCAGUCCAGGAAGCGUAAAGUGCUUGAGGGAGACCAUGGUCAUUCGUGGGAGGCGCAAGAUCCACACUACAAUCGCAACGGUACUGGAAAUAGGCCUGUGAAGCAAGCUGCACGUAGGGGUGGCAGAAAUGCUAUGCUGGGAGGUAUGGAGCCACACAAUACCUUUACUGGCUUUGCCUCGAUGCCGAAUUUCGUGACCUUGCCAGCACCGCCGCCAGGUCCUCUACCAUUUGAUCCUACAGACCCCAUGGCUCUUUUUGCCAUGGCCGCAGUUUUCGGCGCGAACCUACCUGGCAUGCCUCCCCUGCCUUUUUCUAACGAAGGAAAUAGUCGCAAAACAAAAUGCAUAAAAUACCACGAGAACGGAUACUGUGCGAUUGGCAAAUUGUGUCCGUACGAGCAUGACGAUGCUGCUGUUGAAGUCCCCGAGUACGAUCCGGAACAAUCACACCUAGCCGUGAAGCCUAAUGGAUCCAAGGCUCGUGGCCAGCAUCGGAGUACUAGAGGUGGCAAAGCACGCACGAAGUUUCCUCCAUCACAGGAUCCCUCCAACACCACACUCGUUGUAGACCAUAUUCCCGAACCGAAUUGCAACGAGGAAAGUGUGCGAAGCUACUUCUCCGAGUUUGGCAGCAUUCUGGAAGUAGAGAUGCACGCAGACAAGCAUUUGGCCAUUGUCAAAUUCGCUGAUCGACCUGCUGCCAAACGAGCAAAGAAUAGCCCCAAAGCUGUCUUUGAGAAUAGAUUUGUCAAGGUCUAUUGGCACACACCGGAGGUGGACGAGGAACUGGCCAAGGAAACAGAGAAGCUUGAUCUUGAGGCCAUUGCGAUUAAGCAGGCAGAAGCCCAAAAGGCGUUUGAGGAGCGUCGCCGUAAGACGGAGGAAGCUGCUGCAAGAGCCGCUGAGAUUGACAGGCAAUUAAAGGAGAAGAACGAGGAGAUUGAGGAAAUCAAGCGCCAACUCGCAGAGUUAUCGGGCGAGGUUACCGACGACUUUGCCCAGACUCUCGAGACACUGCAAAAGGAAGCUGCCGAGCUUUUCAACAAGCACGAUGCUUAUGAGUCCUCUGCCCGUGGCCGUGGUCGCGGCGUAUACCGCGGCGCUUACCGAGGCCACGGCUUCGCUCCCUCCAGAGGCGGCUACCGAAGUCGUGGACGGGGUUUCACCGCAUUUGGUGGCAGCGCAGUCAAGAGACUCGAUAACAGACCCAGACGUCUAGCCGUAUCGGAUAUCGAAGCAAACACCUCGCGAGACGAAGCAUUACGCCAACACCUCCUUUGUGAAGACGAUGGCGAUGACGAUGACUCUUCCGCUACCGUCGGAGAGGCUGAGGGUCACGCUGGGCAGCAAGUGGGUAAUGGCGGUGGCGGGGAUGCGGAUAUGGAUGUUGCGGAUGAUGUGGAUCAGUGGAUGUAG